AGACUAAACAAAACUGGAUUGGUUUAAGCAGAUUCGCUGUUGGUGCAUUCUUUUUCGUUCAACGUUUUGUAAAUCGACGAUUUUAUGUUAAAAAAAGAAAAAAAGCGGCUACCUAACGCUACAGUCAGCUGAUUCAUUCACAUGACUGUCCUUUCUAGUUUUGGACCUGUUUAGUGUUUACCGGUGAGAAGUCGCCAUAGAAUCUGUUUUACACGACGGGACGGGACCAUGAUGUCAAAGUUAGUUUAGAAACCGCACGGAGAAGAGAACUAGCUGAGGAUAUCGGGGACUUCCACAAAGAGCUAACUAAUAACAACACUCUUGAGUCCACACAGAGGAGCAGUCAAACCGGUUAGCUAAGCAGUUUCAGCGUUGUUGGUUAUCCACCAAAUUCCAUGAGAUGGAUGGUGGAGAAUGUAGGUUUAUUGUCUCAGGGAAUGUACAAAUAUCCAGCAAAAUGAGUCCAGAGGGGAAGAGGCUGUUCAACAUCGUUGUCCUAGGCUUCGGCUUUAUGUUUAUGUUCACUGCUUUUCAAACAUGUGGCAAUAUAGAGCAAACCGUUAUCAAGAGCUUCAAUAACACUGAGUUCCAUGGCAGCGGCUACACAAGCAUGGCCAUCAUCUAUGGAGUUUUCUCUGCAUCCAACCUGAUCGCCCCGUCAGUGGUGACUGUCAUUGGACCGCAGCUAUCAAUGUUUUUCAGUGGGCUUUUGUACAGCGGCUACAUAGCCAUGUUCAUUUACCCGUACACGUGGAGCUUCUAUACAGCGUCUGUGUUGGUUGGAAUAGGAGCAGCAGUCUUGUGGACAGCUCAGGGAAAUGUGCUGGCCAUCAACUCCACUGAUGACACCAUUGGAAGAAACAGUGGCAUAUUCUGGGCGCUGCUGCAGUUCAGCUUAUUCUUUGGAAAUCUAUACAUAUACUGUGCCUGGCAUGGACACGUUCAUAUAACAGACAAGGACCGCCAGACGGUGUUCAUCUCUCUCACGGUUAUCAGUCUGGUGGGUUGCUUCCUCUUUUUUCUGAUCCGGAAGCCUGACCCUGAACCCACUGCUCCCUCCGAGCAGUCGCAGUCGCAGUCUGAAUCCUCAGAGAGCUUCUCCGCAGCCAGCUCUCCUGACGUAGGCCUCUGCUCACAAGCUCUAGAUGCUUUUGUGAGAGCGUUUAAAAUGUUUGGCACCAAAGAGAUGCUGCUGCUGAGCCUUUCCAUAGCAUACACAGGCCUGGAGCUCACGUUCUACAGCGGGGUGUACGGGACGUGUAUCGGAGCCAUGACACGCUUCGGCCAAGAUGCAAAGAGUUUGAUCGGCAUCUCUGGCAUUUGCAUCGGCGUAGGCGAGAUCCUAGGAGGGGGCGUGUUCGGAAUGCUGAACAAGUGCAACCGGUUUGGGAGGAACCCAGUGGUGCUGCUGGGGCUCAUCACUCACUAUGUCGCCUUUUAUCUGAUUUUCCUCAACAUUGCCAGCGACGCUCCUAUCGCACCGGAGCCAGGGACAGAUCUGCAGGCAUACAUCGACCCCAGUGUCGGCGUGGCGUUGUUCUGCAGCUUCCUGCUCGGUUUUGGCGACAGCUGCUUCAACACGCAGCUCCUCAGCAUCAUCGGCUUCACCUUCCGCGACAACAGCGCCCCCGCCUUCGCCGUCUUCAAGUUUAUACAGUCCAUCAUGGCCGCUCUGGCCUUCUUCUACAGUAACUACCUGCUGCUGCACUGGCAGCUGCUCAUCCUGGUCCUGAUGGGCUUUCUGGGCUGCGUGACCUUCUUUUUGGCCGAGUGGAAGGCCGAGUCCAGGAGGCGAGAAUCAGACUACGACAGCAUCUGAUACUCGUCUGGGGAGGAUGAAGAGGACACAGCUGGAGGUGUUUCUCUCUCUCCACAGCUGGAAGAAUCAACAAGGGAUGAUGAUGAUGAUGAUGAACUCAUCCCAGCCUAACUAAGACUGACACUGUGGUAUGUAGAAUCCUGGCAGUGGCUGCAAAAACAUUAAUAUCCAUCUUUAUCUGUAACUAAACUCCAAAGGCAUGAGGAGGAACUGUGAGCACACCAGAUAAUAUACAGUAUCUCAUUUUGGCUUUCUAUCUUAUUAUUUACUGCAAAUACAUUUGAAAAUGAAUCCAAACAAAUUAUGGACAUACUUUGAACAGAUUUUACUGAGGCAUGAUAAAGAUGUGUUAAUAAAAAAAAUUUGAGGGCCUGUCAGCAAUGAUAUAAAGAAGGAGGGGGGGGGGGGCGUGGCUAAUGCCUCCCACUGCUAGUGCCUGUGUGAAGAAAUCCUGAGGAAUAACACUGACUUUAUUGUGAAUCAGCUGUAGAUUUGAAGACAAAACCUGACAGCCUGUUUUUUUUAAGAAUACAUUGCUUAGCUCUCGUGUCGGUACUCCUGCCUGCGUUCUCCAAACUUGGGGCCGUGCCGACCCCCAUCUACUGUAGGAAAUGCACUAUAGCAAAGUACCUUCAUAAAACCCCACUUCAAAAGAAAUCCAAAGUAACCUUUUAAAGACAGCAAAUUGGGUGCCUCAGUUCUUCUGCUAUGCUGUUUUUUUACUUCUUGUUCCUUUUAUGAUGCACCUUCAGUGCUAUAUAAUUGGUUUAGUUGUAAUGAGAUCCAGAUGACUCUGCAUUCCAGGAAACCUCACAUAAUCAGAAGUGGGUGACUGCAUUCAGUUCAAAUGAAAUUAACAGAGUUUGCCAGAAGAAAGGAAAAAAAAACCCACUUCUUUAUUUACCUCCUAAUAGAAUGUUAAAAGGGGAAAGUAGAGGUGACAAGAUGGUAAAAGUUUGUUUCACAUUGUUGACAACAUGCAACAGACUUUUAGUUUAGUUUUAGUUUUUAGCUCGACUCUAGAGAUCCAGUCAAGUCGGCCCACCACUUUGGUUCGGAGGGAAAUAUCUCAAAAUGAAAUUUGGUUCAGACAUUCAACUUCUCUACGAGAUUAAUUUUAAUCACUUUAGUGAUGAUAUAAAAUCUUGUAAGUGUCUUAAAGGGGUACUCCAGUGAUUAAGUUUUGCUAAAGUUGGAGGACAGAAUGGUCAAUAUUGAAGCAGCAGGAAGGUCGGUCAAGAUCCAAAAUGCUGAUUCCUACACUCCCCAUAAUGCAAUGUAAUAAUGUCCCAUGUGUCUAUGUUACGGGCUUACUGUAAAAGGUACCCUGAGGAGUUUUUGACCACUAGUAGUGCUAUUCUAGUACAAACAUUUAGUGAGAAAAAAGGGGUGAAUCUCCCACAAAUUGCAACAGAAAAUCGGACAGAAAAAUGUUUAUUACUCAUAAAAGUCUCCUCUAUCACAUAU